AUGCAAUUAGUUUUAUAUCGUGAUAUUGGUUAUUUUGCAGUUAUAAACUACAUAACAACGACCAUUCGAUUUUUACGAAUGAUGAAAUUCAAUUGCUGUUGGUUUUUACUGACGUUUUGUUUGAUAGAGAUUGCUACAAACGUUCAUUGUGAAAUCAUUGAUCAGACAGCAAGAGCUGCAGAAACUGCUAAAGUUUGUGAUGGUGAUCAGUCCAUUGAUAUCAAUAUUAUUAGUCGUACACCAAACACGUUCAAGUGCCAGAUUUCCUACGACUGUAAUAUUACAAAUCAUGCUAAUACAUUGGCAAUAUUUAAAGAUGAUAAAAUUGUAUCACAAUGCACAUUGAGAAAAGUAGCGGCAACUGGCGGCAGGGAGAAAACCAAACUUGAAAUCACAUGCAAUCUUAUUAUGGGCUAUGCUGGAAAAAAUUGGAAAUUUGUAUUGGGUAACAAAUCUGGAGUUAAUCCAACUAUUGGCAAUGAAACAUUUACUGUCACACUUGAUCCAUUACUUUUGACGAAGCUACCUAGUUUUGAUAUUACACUUAAUGAGGAAAUCACAUCGGCGUCAAUCGUUAUACCCGAUUGUUCUCAUAUUUCAGAAAUUAAAAAUCUUAAUUUUCAAUGUUCGAGCGAUGAUGAUGUAAAGAAACCAGUUACUGACACUUGCCAAGUUACAUGUCCAGUGAAACCAGAUUCCACUUACAACAUAACAUUAAUUCGUCUUCCUAUAUCAAUAUAUAAUGGAAAGGAAACUGCCAACGGUACAUUCCCAGAAGAACGACGCUUCGAAACUAUUCGUAUAGGUAAACCUUGCCAGAAUGUUCACUCGACUGCUACGAAAGUGAUGAAUCGGGCAUCGAGUAUAUUCAUGUUCAACAUUUCAUACAAUUGUUUAAUUGCAAAUUCUGCUAAGUUGGCUGUAUUUAAAGAUGGCAAUAUCGCAACACAAUGCAAAAUAGAUUUGACUUAUUUACCAAGGGUUGAGAAAACUAAUGUUAUAGUUACAUGUGUUAAUAUUAGCGAUCAUGCUGGUCAGAAAUGGCCGUUUUCAUUUGGUAGUAUGAAUGAUCACAAAACAAAUGUCGUCAAUGAAACAUUUACUGUUUCGCUCGAGCCACUCUCUUUAAGAAGCCUACCAAAAGUCCAGCAAACAGUUGAUGAAAACAUUACUUUAGCGACGAUCAUUGUAGAGGGAUGCAGUCAAGUAGCAGAAAUGGCACAUCUCUAUUUUCGAUGCGGAUUGGGUGCCGAGACUGAAAGGAAAUCUCUUCCAGAGAAUUGUACAUUUACAUGUUCGGUAGGACCAGCUGUUCAUUAUAAUUUUCAAGUCAUUCGAUCUUCCAUCCCAAAAUAUGAUGGAGUACAGACUUCGAACAGCACAUUUCCAGAAGAAGUGCUGCCUGUCCCUAUCACCACAACAUUAAAACCAGUACUUUACAAACGGACAUGGUUGUCAAACACUACUGAUAUUAGUGUCGAAGUUAUUCCCCAAAGCGACUUCGAUCAUAUUGAAUCAGUAUGCCAAGCAAAUCAUACGCAACCAUCUGUAUGCAUGGACAUGAAAAUAACUCAUAGUCAAUGUACAACAACAUUAACAGCAACUUUCAAUGGUACUCCUGGGUGUGAUUAUCGAUGUUUUUUUUCAACAGUAAAAGAAGGUUACAUAGACGUACAUUCAGAAGAGUAUAUUAUGUCAAUUCGUAAGUAA